UCCGCCCACUACACCCCAUGCCUGUCUUUCCCGCGAACAGGAUGCACUCGCGCCGUGUAGCUGGCUGCUAGGUGAUGCAGGGAGGCCCAGGACACUGCUGAUAGCAUUCUCUGUAAAGUUCAGCUGAAAACAGCCGUGACGCUCGCAAACAUGGCGAAGCAAAGCUCCAUUUUCAACUUUUUCGCUAAGUCUCCUCCGCCGGUCUCGAAGCCGAAGCCGAAGCCGAGUCCCUCUCCGACCGAGGCAGACCUGCCUUCCUCCGUGGAGAAGUCCAACUCCUCUCCGAAAGAGCAAGCUAAACAGGCACCGCAACAACAGCCAGCCAAGACCAGCAAGGCUAAGCCGAAGAGUAACUCCAAGCCUGCGAAAGGAGGAUUCAGCAAACUGUUUGGCGACAAGGCCCAACCAGUCAAACAGAGCGCUACAUGCACAUUCAGCGCUGGCGCCCUCGUGUGGGCAAAAUUGGAGGGACACCCCUGGUGGCCAUGCAUGGUGGUACCCCAGCCUCUGAGUGGACAGCAGAUGAGGGGAAGAGGCCAGGCCCAGCGCAUACAUGUCCAUUUCUUUGAUGAACCCCCAACUAGAGGAUGGGUCAGCACCAAAUAUAUACGAGAAUAUCAAGGUUCUGACAGCAGUGAUGCUAAAACAGGAGGUGUGUUCUUCAGCAGCAAGCCUGUAAUCCGCCGUGCAAUGGAGCUCGCCGAUGCAGUGAUGUUUGACAGUCCUGAAAAAAGAUUAAAGAUGCCUCUUUGUACAGAUCCAUCUGAUGAGGAAGAUGAGGAUGAUGAUGAUGAGGAAGAAAUGGAGCUUGACAAGUCAACAGUAAGUGAUGAAGAGGUCAGUGAUGUGGAUGGACAGGAAGAUGUGAAAAUGAGGUCACCCAAGGUCAGUCGACGCUCAUCCCGUGCUUCAACAAAAAGGGGAAAUAAGGCCAAGCGGCGUCGCAUAAUCGUAGCCUCAGACAGUGAUGGAUCAGGUGAUGAAUUCAAACCAGAACAAGCUGCGUCUAGCAGUGAGGAUGAGGAGGAAGAAGAGGCAGUUACAAGUGAAGAGGAGGAAGAUGAGGAAGAGGAGAGCACACAGGAGUCGGAGGCAGACAGCCCUGUCAAGCCUAUAAAGCGCAAACGGCCUGCAGAAAAACCUGUUCUUACAAAGGCCAAGAUACCUACCGCCCCGUCUGCUGCACCAAAACGAGCUCCAGCAGCUGUGUCAUCUGACACGAAGUCUCGUUUGUCAGCCUUCUCUGCUCCUGACACCUUUGAGAGCCAGGCAAAUGGAUCCGGCACCGGUGGAAGUGCAACAGUUUGGGACCACGAGAAGCUGGAGUGGUUGCAGGAUGGCAGGAGAAAAGAUGGCGGAAGGCGACGUCAGUCAGAGGAUGACUACGAUCCUACCACCCUGUAUGUGCCAGAAGACUUUCUCAACAGAAACACUCCUGGUAUGCGUCGGUGGUGGCAGCUCAAAUCUAAAAUGUUUGACACAGUCAUUUUCUACAAAGUAGGAAAGUUUUAUGAGCUCUACCACAUGGACGCUGUUAUCGGAGUCAAUGAGAUGGGACUAACUUUCAUGAAGGGGACCUGGGCUCACUCUGGCUUUCCGGAGAUUGGCUUUGGCCGCUUCUCUGAUGUACUGGUGCAGAAAGGCUACAAGGUGGCUCGUGUGGAGCAGACGGAGACCCCAGACAUGAUGGAAGCACGCUGCAAGACCAUGGCUAAGCCUACCAAGUUUGACCGUGUGGUGAAGAGAGAAGUAUGCCGGAUUAUCACACGUGGUACCCAGACUUACAGUGUGCUGGACGGUGCUCCCUCUGAGAGUCAGAGCAAGUUCCUGCUGAGUUUAAAGGAAAAGGCUGAAGAGGAAAGCUCUGGUCAGUGCCGUACGUACGGAGUCUGCUUUGUUGAUACCUCUGUGGGUUAUUUCCAUGUUGGUCAGUUCGCAGAUGAUCGCCACUGCUCACGUCUGCGCACCCUGAUUGCACACUUUUCCCCCGCUGAAGUGCUCUUUGAAAAGGGGAACCCAUCUGUCGAAACACGCAAAAUACUCAAGGCCUCUCUGUCCUCUGCUCUGCAGGAAGGACUUAAUGCAAACAGCCAGUUCUGGGAUGCUCAAAAGACUCUGAAAACCCUUUCGGAAGCAGAUUACUUCAGAGAGACUGCUGGCGAGGAACAUGGAACGGGGAACAAUUUCCUUCCCGCUCCUCUAAAAAAGAUGACCUCUGAGAGUGAUUCUCUGUGCCUUACUCCUAAAGAUGGCUAUGAGCUGGCACUGUCGGCGCUGGGUGGAUGCAUUUUCUACCUGAAGAAGUGUCUGGUAGACCAGGAGCUGCUCUCCAUGGCCAACUUUGAAGAAUAUAUCCCUGUUGAUGUCGAGAUGGAGAAAGCUGCGGGACCUGCCAGCUUCUUUGCAAAGACUCGUCAGAGAAUGGUCCUUGAUGGAGUGACUCUGGCAAACCUGGAAAUCUUUCAGAAUGGAUCAGGAGGAACAGAAGGGACACUGUUGGAGCGCUUGGACACCUGCUCUACCCCGUUUGGAAAGAGGCUGCUGAAGCAGUGGCUCUGUGCUCCUCUCUGCAACCCCACAUCCAUCAAGGACCGACUGGAUGCAGUGGAAGACCUGAUGGGAGCUCAGGCCCAGGCCACUGAGGUUUCAGAGCUGUUGAAGAAGCUUCCAGAUUUAGAGCGUCUUCUGAGUAAAAUCCACAGCAUUGGUACUCCUCUGAAGGGCCAGGAUCACCCUGACAGCAGAGCAGUUCUCUAUGAGGAGGUCACAUACAGCAAACGCAAGAUAGCAGACUUCCUGUCAGCACUGGAAGGUUUCAAAAUUAUGCAGGAGAUUAUUGCCGUCUUCACACCAGUUUUGGGUGACUGUAAGUCCACAUUGUUCCAUCAAAUUGUCAGUCUGAAGGGUGAUAAGGACGGCGUCUUCCCCGACCUCUCUGCUGAACUCAAGCGCUGGGAGACGGCCUUCGACCACCAGAAAGCCCGCACUACCGGUGUCAUAAGCCCUAAAGCUGGCUUCGAUCCAGAAUACGACCAGGCUCACACUGGAAUCAAGAACUGUGAACGAGAGCUGCAGGAUUACCUGGAUAGACAGAAGAAGAGACUGGGCUGUAAAAACAUGUCUUACUGGGGAACUGGGAAAAAUCGUUUCCAGAUUGAGGUGCCUGACAGUGUCUCAGAGAGGAACAUUCCUGAGGAGUACGAGGUCAAGUCCACAAAGAAAGGCUGGAAGCGUUACGUGACAAAAGAGAGUGAACGACUGUUCUCAGAGCUGCAAGGGUUUGAGGAGAAGAGAGACGCUGCCCUGAAAGACUGCAUGAGGAGGCUCUUCUACAACUUUGACAAGAACUACAAAGACUGGAAGACUGGUGUGGAGUGCAUGGCAGUGCUGGAUGUGCUGCUGGCUUUGUCACGCUACAGCCAGGGUGGAGACGGAGCCAUGGCCAGGCCAGAGCUGGUGCUCCCUGAGGGUGAUGACCAGGUUGCGCCUUUCCUUGACCUCACUGGGUCCCGCCACCCUUGUGUCACCAAGACCUUUUUUGGCGAUGACUUCAUCCCCAAUGACAUCUACAUCGGCUGUGCUGGUAGCGGUGAAGAGGACGAGGAGAAAGGUGAUGCCUCUUGUGUCCUGGUCACAGGGCCCAACAUGGGCGGAAAGUCUACUCUCAUGAGACAGUGUGGACUUGUGAUCAUCCUCGCUCAGCUGGGUUGUUAUGUUCCAGCUGAAAGCCUGCGCUUCACUCCAGUUGACAGAGUCUUCACUCGGCUGGGAGCCUCGGAUCGCAUUAUGUCUGGAGAGAGUACCUUCUUUGUGGAGCUGAGUGAGACUGCCAGCAUCCUGCACCACGCCACUAAACACUCCCUUGUGCUCCUGGAUGAAUUAGGAAGGGGCACAGCCACAUAUGAUGGCACAGCGAUUGCCAGUGCGGUCGUGAAGGAGCUUGCUGAGAAGAUCUGCUGCCGCACGCUCUUCUCAACACAUUACCACUCCCUGGUGGAGGACUACGCCAACAACCAUGCUGUGCGGUUGGGCCACAUGGCGUGCAUGGUGGAGAAUGAAUGCGAGGAUCCAAGUCAAGAAACCAUCACAUUCCUUUACAAGUUCAUCGGUGGCGCUUGUCCAAAAAGUUAUGGCUUCAAUGCUGCUCGACUUGCCAGCCUGCCAGAGGAGGUCAUCCAGUCAGGACACAGGAAGGCCCGAGAGUUUGAGAAGAGCACCAUCAGCCUCAGACUCUUCAAGAAGCUCUGCCAGUUUGCUGAAGAUGCCACACUGGACAACACACACUUCGCUUCACUUGUUCAGAUGCUCAACAACCUGUAGUUUGUAAACAUGCAUUGUCUCUGCUGAUGUUUUGUUCUCAGCACUUGAAAAAACACUACUGUAAUGAUCUAAUAAAGUUUAUUUUUAAAAAAUGACAAUGUUUCAUCUAGGAAAUUAAACCCUUUUAAUUCA